AUGGUUCAAUAUCUAGCAGAAUGUUUUUCAACAUGUAUUCUAAUACUUAUUGGUGAAGCUGCUAUUGCUAAUUAUAAAUUUGCUCGACAAACUUCUAAUUCUACACUUCCAGUUGGUAUUGCAUUUGGCGUCGGCGUGUAUUCUGCGAUGAUGAUUAGUGGACCAAUUACCGGUGCACAUCUCAAUCCAGCUGUAAGCAUAUCUUUAAUGACUAUUGGCAAGCUCAAACCACUACGGUGUAUCUUCUACAUUAUCGGUCAAAUAUCAGGUGCAUUUUUAGGUGCUCUCUUGGUCUAUCUUGUCUAUUUUAAUCAAUUUAAUGUAUUCGAUGGUGGAGUACGACAAAUGAUAGGUCCUAAUGGUACAGCUGAUAUUUUCUUCACAAUGCCUGCCAAAGGUAUACCUCAAUGGAAUACAUUUAUCGAUCAAGUUGUCAGUACUGGUUGUCUGAUGAUCUUUGUCAUGGCAUUGGCAUAUGACUGUAAUCAUAUGAUUUCGGAAGUAGCUAAACCAUUUGCAUUUGCGGUAGUCGUUAUGAGCGUCACUUGUGCAUUUUCAAUAAAUGCGGGAGCUGCAGUUAAUCCGGCUCGUGAUUUAGGUCCACGUAUUUUUGGAGCAUUUGUCUAUGGUUGGAAUGAUGUAUUUCGCGCACAUAACUACUUCUUUUGGGUACCGAUAAUAGGUCCAAUUGUCGGAGCCAUUCUUGGCGCGUGGAUCUAUACAGGUUAUACUUGGCUUAUCAAGCACUAUGGACAUUUUUCCAACACUGAACAUACUGCUGCUGAUAAAAAAAUCCUUCUCAAUAACACACAAACAGAAUCUGUUGAUGAUGCACAUGAGCUUCAACUAAAGCUCACAAAAGUGCAUGGUUAA